GAAACCAGAUAUAGUGAAUGCAGGGUCCGGGGGAGACCGGGUAUAGUGAAUGCAGGGUCCGGGGAAACCAGAUAUAGUGAAUGCAGGGUCGGGGAGACCAGAUAUAGUGAAUGCUGGGCACGGGGAGACCGGAUAGAGUGAAUGCAGGGUCGGGGGGAGACCAGAUAUAGCAGAUGCAGGGUCCAGGGAGACCAGAUAUAGUAAAUGCAGGGCACGGGGAGACCGGAUAGAGUGAAUGCUGGGCACGGGAGACCGGAUAGAGUGAAUGUAGGGUCCCUGGGUUUAGUAACACUAAUGCACAUUGUGAGAAAAC